AUGCACAUCCCAAAGAUCUCAUCGGACUUAUGUCCUUCAAAAUUAUUAGGUCGUUCGAUAUCUGAUGAUGUUACUUCCACUGCUGAUGCUUUCAAGAGCUGGGAUACAUGUAUGGAUAACAAAACAUGUAAAAUCAUUGCAAUUGUGGGUAUAGUGUUGGCAUCGUUGAUAUGCAUCUGGAUAUUAUCAACUUUGAUUCAAUGUAUUUGCUUAGGCAAAACUUGUCUAGAAUCGUUGUGUAUGUGUUGUUGUCGUCCUGCAAAUCGCCAACGUGUUGUUGAACAGCAGGUUCCUUAUGCCAAUCCAAACAUGUACCCUACACCUGCACCUCAUUAUGCAAGAGAACCACCUGCAGUGUACGGUGGUCACAGAGGAUAUACACCAGUUGAUGGUAACAGAGGAUAUGUACCAGCUGAUGAUUAUAGUGAUAAAAGCAAUCCAUUUGCAGAGGAGAAGCAUACGUCCUACCGGGGAUAUAGAUCCUAG